AUGCGACGCCGGCCGCCGUGGCCGCCGCUGCUGCUGUGGCUGGGGGUGGCGUCGGCGCCGCUGUGCCUGGUGACGCUGGCGCUGCGGCUCGACGCCCGCCUCGACGCUGUGCGACGCCUCCUCACCGACUCGCCGCUCGUCGACGGGCACAACGACCUGCCGUGGAACAUCCGCAAGUUCCUGAAGAACCAGCUGCGGGACUUCCCCUUCCAGGAGGAUCUGCGCCGGGUGUCGCCCUGGUCUCGCAGCUCCUGGUCCCACACGGACUUGCCGCGCCUCAAGGAGGGCAUGGUCGCUGCGCAGUUCUGGUCGGCGUACGUGCCGUGUUCGGCGCAGCACCUGGACGCGGUGACGCUGGUGCUGGAGCAGGUGGACGUCAUCCGGCGGCUGGUGGAGCGCUACCCGCGGGACCUGGCGCUCGUCACCGACGCCAGAGGUAUAGAAGACGCGCACGCGGCGGGAAUGUUGGCUAGCCUGGUGGGCGUGGAGGGCGGCCACGCGCUGGGGGAGAGCCUGGGUGUGCUGCGCGCCCUCUACACGCUCGGCGCACGUUACCUCACGCUCACGCACGCCUGCAACACGCCUUGGGCAGACUGCUCCAUAGUGGAUGAGCCUGGAAGAAUACCCAUCCUGGGAGGACUGUCUAGUUUCGGACGGCUGGUGGUGCGCGAGAUGAACCGCCUGGGCAUGAUGGUGGACCUGUCGCACGUGUCGGUGCCAACGAUGCUGGACGCCCUGCGCACCAGCCGCGCGCCGGUCAUCUUCUCGCACUCCGCGGCGCAUGCGCUCUGCAACAGCUCCCGCAACGUUCCGGACCACGUGCUUCGCCUGGUCAAAGCGAACGGAGGAAUCGUGAUGGUGGCGUUCUACCCGCACUUCGUCAGCUGCAGCGAGUCCGCAUCGCUGGUGGAUGUCGCAGCUCACAUACAACACAUCCGCUCGGUGGCGGGCGUAGAUCAUGUCGGCCUCGGAGCUGGAUAUGAUGGAAUCAACAUCACGCCGCUGGGCCUGGAGGACGUGUCGCGGUACCCUCACCUGCUGGCGGAGCUGAUGGCCCGUGGCGGCUGGACAGAGGAGGACCUGCGGAAGCUCGCCGGCCUCAACCUGGUCCGCGUGCUGCGCGAGGUCGAGCGGGUGCGGGACGAGCUGGCCGUCGCCGGUGAGCAGCCGGUGGAGGAGCGCAUCCCGGCCGAGGACGUGCUGGGCCGCACCUACUGCCGCAUGCCGGCCGCCUCUGCCACGGCAAGUGUGGGUCACUGGAAACAACAAGAAGAGGAAGUAGUUGCAAUUAUUGUGGUUCUUGUGAUGUAUUUGCUUUUAGUCGUCAUGUCGCCGAUAGCAAUGGAUGUCAUGAGCGGGCGUGGCCUCUCCCGGGGCCUGGUGGUACUCUGA